CGGAGGGUGGGGCAGACGUGGGUUACCGGGUGUGCCAGCCAAACCUUGCACAGAGGAGGUGGCGGUGGUGGCCCUCGCCUGUGGCCCCCGUGCUGCUUGCACUCGAACUCUUCGCCAUGGAGGAGCUCCAGGAGCCUCUGAGUGGACAGCGCCGGCUCUGUUUCACGCCAGCUGCCCGGACCAGCCUCUUACUGCUCAGGCUCAACGACGCUGCUUUUUUUUUGCUGCAAGAGUGUCAGCGGCAACAGGUACGGCCGGUGAUUGCCUUCCAAGGCCACCGAGGGUAUCUGAGGCUCCCAGGCCCUGGCUGGUCCUGCCUCUUCUCCUUCAUUUUUUUUUUGUGUUGCCAGGAGGGCGCUGGUGGUAGCUUAGACCUUGUGUGCCAACGCUUCGUCAGGUAAGGGUCUAACCGCCUCCACUGCCUGGGCUCACUCAGGGAGCGUCUCAUUAUUUGGGCAGCCAUGGAUUCUAUCCCAGCCCCAUUAUCAGUUCAGGGACACAACCUGCCUGAAGAUGCCAGACAUCCUGAGAGUUGGCAGAACACAGGAAACUAUUCUGAAGGAGAUGUAGUAUCACAGCCACAGAUAGCACUAGAGGAGGUGUCAGUGUCAGAUCCACUGGCAAGCAACCAAGGUUUUUUUUUCCCAGGAUCCUCAAGGGAGCACAUGGCACAGUGGGAAGUGAGAAACCAGACCCAUCUUCCAAACAGAGAACCUGUUCAGGUUUUUUUUUCCUCUGCCAGCCGGAAACGUCUGGACAAGAAACGUUCAGUGCCUGUGGCCACUGUAGAACUAGAAGAAAAGAGGUUCAGAACUCUGCCUUUAGCGCCAAGCCCCCUACAAGGCUUUUUUUUUCAGGAUUUACAAGAGGGAGAAGAUUGGGAGCAAGAAGAUAAGGAUGAAGACAUGGACCCCAGAUUAGAAUGCAGUUCCUCAGUUCAAGAAGGUGAGUUAUCCCCAAGCCCUGAAGAUGUACCAGACUACCUCCUGCAAUACAGGGCCAUCCGCAGUGCAGAACAGCAACAUGCCUAUGAGCAGGACUUUGAGACAGAUUAUGCUGAAUACCGCAUCCUGCAUGCCCGUGUUGGCACUGCAAGCCAAAAGUUCAUAUUUUUUUUUGCAGAGAUUAAAAGAGUUCAGCGAGGAACUCCGGAAUAUAAGGUAAGGACAAGACCCAGCCUGGCUUUCCAACUCUACUGGCCAUUAACCCCCUGCUAACCACCCAUAUGCCUGUGUUCAUAAAGUGACUAAGCAGUGACAAGGAAACCUGUUUGAAGGGAAAAAUUAGUCUGUAUCAUUGUAUCAUUCAGUAGAAUGAGAAGGGAAGUUACUUCUC